AUGCCGACAAGUAGGGAAUUCCUGGUGCACGGGAAGCGAGCUGAGGUAUUCCUGGAAGGUGCAGGCUGCUCGACAGGGGCGUCUGGGAGUGGGCAGAGGAGACUUCUUAGGAAGUCACUGAGUGACAACAGGAGACUGCCCGCCCUGGGGUACCUGCAGCCCUCAGGAGAAGAAGAGACAGAGAGGGAGGAGGAAGAGACCGCAUGGGGCACCUGCAGCACUGAACACAGCCAGCUGGGAGAAACACAAGCCACAGACUGCCAUCCCAUCAUAGAGAAGAAUACAGGCAGUCCAUCCACAGACUGCCAUCCAAUCACAGACAAGGAUAGAGACAGCAGUAGACAGCCCACCACAUCAACAAGAGACUGCCAUCCAAUCACAGAGAAGGAUAGAGACAGCAGUAGACAGCCCACCACAUCAACAAGAGACUGCCAUCCAAUCACAGAGAAGGAUAGAGACAGCAGUAGACAGCCCACCACAUCAACUAGAGACUGCCAUCGAAUCACAGAGGAUAGAGACAGAAGUAGACUGCCCACCACAUCAACAAGAGACUGCCAUCCAAUCACAGAGAAGGAUAGUGACAGUCCAUCCAGAGACAUCAACCAAAGACUGCCAUCCAAUCACAGAGAAGUAUAGAGACAGCCCAUCCAGAGACAAUUAAGAAAGAGAGGCACAAACCAGA